AUGUCGGUAAAACUAAAGCCAAAUUCUAUUUUAUUUGCUAGUAUAAAUGAAAAAAUUGGCUAUCAUCCUAAAGAAAGAGCAGAAGUUACUUUCAAGAAACCUCAAAAGAAAGAAUAUCUGGAUAAUGUGAGUUUUGUUGACAACGAUAACAUAGCUAGAAUGAAAAAAACGGCUGCAAAGAAUGUAGCAAAAUCUUCGGUAGAAAGAGAGAUUAUGGAGUCAGUGAACGAAGUAGUUGAAGACCAAGACAUGGCCAGCACUAAUAAGGAACCAAAGCCGCAACAAAAUGAA